GGCAAGAUGGCUGGCUGGGCUGGAUUUACCGAUGAAGACCUUAGAAAAAUGCGUCAAAAUUCGCCAGACAGAGGGAAAAGUAUGACUGGAAAUAAGAGAAUGUCAUUACAGAAUAAAAAACCCAAAUUACCACACAGAGAAAAAAUAAUAAGAGAGAUCCCAGAGCAGAAUAAUCUUCAUCCAAAUCAGAGACUGUCCAGAGCAAGAACUCCAGAAAUAGAUAGGUCUAAAACCCAAGAAACAGAACUGAAAACAGAAAAGAAGUCUGAUCAAAAGUCACUAGGUUCAAAUGAUACAAAUCAACCAGCAGAUAUCAAGAUAUCAGAAACUAAGAAUCCUGAAAGUCGAGAGCUGGAUGAUGAAGAAGCUAAAAAGUAGACUUGAGUUUAUAUGUAGGGUGGGGUAGAUUGGAAUGUUUCUAAUGCUGAAGUAAUUUUCUGUAGUUCAGGAGUAUUGAAUGUUGUUUACAUAAGCAAUUUAAUCCUUGACUACUCUAUUUAAUCAUGCAGUCGUUUUUAUUUUUAUCAAAGUUCUAGACUACGGGACAUUUUGACUUGACUGAUUGAAAUUGACAAAUGAAUAUCUUGUAAAUAUCUUCCUAAUUGAUAAUUUAUGAUAAACUUGAUACUUACUUUUUUCUUUUUUCAGUGUUGAGUUAACUAAUAUGGAGAAGUUUCAGAAACAACAGAAAAUGAUAGAGGAAGCCAAUAAACAGAAAAAAGCUCUACUUGCUAAAACAUUAAAUGAAAGGAGAUUAAGAGCCAAAGCAGAAUCUGCCAAGUUAACCAAGAUUCAGAAAGAAUUGAAUCAUCUAGAUAGUUUAUUGACAGCAGACGUUAGUGUUAUUAGAGAUAAAAUAGAGUUGGCCAGUAUAGAGUUUCUAGAUGCUCAGAAGAGAUAUGAAAAAGCGGAAAAAGAAGUGAUUUCAUCUAAAAUGAAUUUAUUUGAAAAAGGUGAAACGAAAGAACGUUUAACUGAACAUUUAUAUACAAUCAUUCAUCAGAAUGAGGUCAGAAAGGCUAAGAAGUUAGCAGAAUUGAUGGAAAUUUUAGAAAUGGAAACAUCAGCUGAAGAAAUGGAACUACAGGCUCCCUCUAUUCCAACUUUAACAAACUUUAACUCUGUACAUACUAU